UUCUAACAUAUAUUUUCCAGCAGCAAAAGUUUUAGUUACACUCAAUAAAAAUGAAAAAAUAUUGAACAGCAAAUUAAUAAUUUUAUCGUAAUUCAUAUACACCUUUCUAAAACAAUAAACACCUGAGAUUGCAUGCAGAACUAGCUAGUGACAGAUACAAUUAGAUGGAGACUCCUAAAUAAGCAGAGAGUUAAAACAAACAUAAAGUAACCUUGUAUUGGCAAUUAGUCACAAAUAACUAUAUAUGAACGGUUAGUUAUUUUGUGCAGUGGAUAUAACCAUUGACCAAAUAAAACAAAACAAAAUAAUUAACCGCACGCUCGACUAUGUUUAGCAGAGUAUCUACAAAACGCGUUUGUUUAUAUAAAGAUAACAUCAACUUUUCUGUUUAAUUUGUAAGUUUUCUGGACACUGUAAAAUAUUUUCUCUCGAUUUUCUUCUUUGCCCGCAAGAAGAAAAAAUGGAUUCAUUUAACGUUACCUUUUGGAACGAGGUAACGUCGCGUGGAUAUUGUUUUAGUGACGACGGGACCAAGUUCUGCGAGAAACUACCCAUUGUUGUGAGCUCUUCUGGCGUGUGGGAGGAGUACCUACUACCAAGUGGAACAGGGCUGCUGAUAUGGGACUAUGAUCUUCCCCGACUCGAGGCCGUAAUCGUCCUAGUACUCUGCUUAUGGAAUUUUAUUUAUUUCUUGCUAAAGAAGAUACGUCUCCCGGUUCCAAGAAUCACCUCCAUGAUGCUUGCCGGGGCAGCCUUGAGCCAGACGAGUCUUUUGCCUAAUGACUGGUUGGUCCAACGCAUAUUUUUCCCGGAUGAUCUUAGGCCAAAAGUCCCCGACACGGUCGGUGCGUUUGCCUUUGUGUUUUAUUGGUUCCUCGAAGGUGUUAAAAUGGAUGUUGGAAUGAUUAAAAGGACAGGUUCAAAAGCGGUUUUCACCGGAAUCGUCACUGUUCUUUUCCCUAUCUUCACGGCUAACAUUGUGUUCGGGUCGCUGAGAGAAACUGGUGGUAAGAACUUGACAGGAGUUGAGUACAGAACAAUAAUUUUCAUGCAGAGCAUCUCGGCCUUCACGGGUAUCUCAAGGCUAAUAAGGGAUCUAGAGAUUGACCACUCAGAGUUCGGAAGGAUCGUUCUCUCGACGGCCAUGGUGGCUGAUGCAACUGGUGUUGGUAUCAACGUAGUUGCCCUAUUUGCCUGGUCUGACUGGAGGGUCUCCGCCGUGCAAGGCGUAGGAGUUGUUGGAUUUGUUAUAGUGCUGGUUUGGAUAUUUAGACCGUUGAUGUUGUUGGUUGUCAGGCGUACACCGGAAGAGAGACCGGUUAAGGAAUAUGUUAUCUACAUGAUCAUCAUUUUAUCUUUCUUUUCUUUUGAGUAUUUGAAGAUGCUUCACUUUUUUCCUGCUAUUGGGCCUUUCCUUUUGGGGUUGUGUGUGCCUCACGGUCCUCCUCUAGGGUCUGCAUUGGUACAAAAGUUUGAAAGCUUUAACACUGGGAUCCUCUUGCCACUUUUCUUGUUCUUCCCAAUGCUUCAAAUCGAUGGACCUUGGUUAGUUGAAGAGGUCCAGAGGCUAAGGAAUCAUGAUGGUCAGAUGUAUGAAGCCUUGAGCAUCAUCGUCGUCGUCUCGGCCUCCAAGAUGUUCUUCACAACUAUUCCUCCACUGCUAGCUAAAAUGCCUUUGACUGACUCUUUCGUCAUGUCACUCAUUCUCAGCAACAAAGGGUUCGUUGAAAUGUGUUAUUUUAUGUACGCCGUUGAAAAACAAGUGAGUACUAGUAUUAUUUUAUUUUAUUUUAUAUCCAAGAAAAAUCAAUAUUCUAACUCUUUUUUGUUUUACAAUAAUCAAGCGUUAUAUAUUGUGUUUGAUUUACAGUCUCUUCAAGUGAAGUCGUUCACGACAUUGGCUCUAAUGAUUCUAUUCAGCUCUACGGUAUUACCAGUGGUGAUACAUUACCUAUACGAUGGGUCGAGCCGUUUCAUAUGUUUCCAGAAGAGGAAUCUAAUGAGCUUGAAGCUUGGAUCAGAGAAGAAGUUCUUAACGUGCAUUCACAAAUCAGACCACAUCUCAGGGGUGAUAAAUUUUCUAGAACAAGCGUUCCCUCUAGAAGAUUCCUUGCUUACUUGCAACGUGCUUAAUCUCAUCGAGCUUGUUGGUUUGGACAAUCCACUCUUCAUCUCCCACCAAAUGCAAAAGGCUGAGCCGGGAGGCCGGUCAUAUUCCACCAACGUUCUCAUCGCUUUUGACGAGUUCAAACAUUUCUGGAAAUCUAUAACGGUGGAAUUGUUCACAUCCAUCUCAAACCCUAAGUACAUGCACCAAGAGAUUUACUCGCUUGCUCUCGACAAACAAGUUUCUUUUAUUAUGCUCCCUUUCCACAAAAUAUGGUCACUCGACCAUACAACUGUGGUCUCAGACGACGUGAUGCGUAGGAACGUUAACAUCAAUGUCUUGAGUCAAGCGCCUUGCUCUGUGGGGGUCUUAGUCCAUCGCCAAAAGUUGGUAUCUGCGCAAAAGCGCGAACCCAUUUUUAAGGUCUGCGCAAUUUUUGUGGGCGGGAAAGACGACAGAGAAGCCUUGGCAAUGGGGAAGCACAUGAUGAGGAACCAGAAAGUGAGACUAACCGUGUUGAAGCUAGUCCCAGGGACAGUGGUCGGUAUGACCACAGGGUGGGAUCAGAUGCUUGACACGGCAGAGCUUAAGGAGACAUUGAGGAACAGCAUUUCACCUUCGGAAGGAGAACAUAACUUUGUGGAAUAUUUGGAGGAGACAGUUGACGACGGUUCCGACACAUCAAGGAUCCUUCUCUCAAUCGCUAGUGCUUUUGAUUUAUUCGUGGUGGGUAGGAGCUCAGGAAUGGGGACCGAUGUAACGAGAGCAUUGAGUGAAUGGACGGAGUUCGAUGAGUUAGGUGUGAUCGGAGAUUUGUUGGUGUCAUCAGAUUUUCCCCAAAGAGGGUCGGUAUUGGUGGUGCAACAACAACAGAAUGUAGCUUGUAGAUAAUUGUAUUACAUUUAUAAGAAGAUACCAAAACAGAAAUACACUUCUCAUAUACAUGAUACAUGAUACAUUUAUAGCCACAAAAUUCCAAAAUUAAGCAAAAUUAAGUGACAAUUCGUCUCCGUUGCCUUGUGGCAAGUGCCAAAGCAAUUACCAUGACAAAGAGUGAAGCCUCUGUAGCGUUCGUCCUUAAUCUUCACGUGCAAUUCUAAAGAACGAUAAAAAUAGAAAACAAAACUAUUUUU